AUGGGAACGGGAUCCAGGGAAAGGGGCCACCGCCUGGGUGUACACUGGGAAGUGGAUUUUACUGAAGUCAAACCUGGGAGAUAUGGGUAUAAAUAUUUACUAGUUUUCAUAGAUACCUUCUCGGGUUGGCCCGAAGCUUUCCCCACUAAAACUGAAACUGCAAAAACUGUGACGAAGAAACUGUUAGAAGAAAUUUUUCCCCGCUAUGGGAUGCCUAAGGUAAUAGGAUCUGACAAUGGGCCCGCCUUCGUCUCCCAAGUAAGUCAGAUGGUGGCCAGACUAUUGGGGAUUAAUUGGAAGUUGCAUUGUGCUUAUAGACCCCAGAGCUCAGGACAGGUAGAAAGAAUGAAUAGGACAAUAAAGGAGGCAUUGACUAAAUUUUCACUUGCAACUGGCACAAAGGAUUGGGUGGACCUCUUACCCCUGGCCCUAUAUCGGGCCAGGAAUACCCCGGGCCCCUUUGGGCUCACCCCCUUUGAAAUUCUUUAUGGAACCCCUCCCCCCGCAGUAGCCUUUCUAGACUCUGAUGUAUCUAACUUUGCAAGUUCUCCUUCCUUGCAGGCCCACUUAAAGGCCUUGCAGUUAGCUCAUGAAGAAAUUUGGAAACCUAUAGCAGCAGCUUACAAAGACUCCUCUGACACCCCUAUUGCCCCCCACCCGUUCCAGCCUGGCGACACUGUCUGGGUGAGAAGACACCAGACACGGAAUCUUGAGCCCCGCUGGAAAGGACCUUACACCGUCCUGCUGACAACCCCUACCGCGCUCAAGGUAGACGGCAUCGCUACUUGGGUCCACGCUUCACACGUCAAGGCCACGAACCCAGAACACAGGGAACUACUCGGCAAAGAGAGAUGGCGGCUGACCCGGACACCCAACCCCCUAAAGAUAAGACUGGUCAAAGAAAAAUGAUAAUCAUGUUACUCUGGGUAAAUCUAUUUACUUAUGAAUUUGCUCCCAGUAAUGGGAGCCCCCAUACAGCUGUGCCGACCACCUGGCGAGUAAUUAAUCAAAUGGGCAUUGUAGUGUUUGAAGUCC